CCACAAGUCAUAAUUUGCAGCGAGCAAUCCAAGCUAGCUAGUUAUCCGAAGAUGGCGGCUUGUAGACGUGUUCCUCUUCUGCUUUUGAUGUCUGUCUUUUUGUAUAUGCAUCCCAUUCGAGGACAGAAAUCUGCGAACAGUGUAAUCGCCAAUACUGCAGUUAGGGUUAAUAUCCAGGCUCAAAAUCAAGCCGCAGUUCCGGCUGCUGUAAAUGGAGGUUCUCCAGUCGUCGCGGCCUCGCCACCUCGUAGACGCACCAGCGGCUGGAAGCUGGCCGAAGAGGGGGCUUGUCGGGAGGACUUGACCAGGCUUUGUCCAAAACAUUCCUGGAACAAUAACCUGGCUGUGCUUGAGUGCCUCCAGGAUAGGAAAGAGGAAACCGAGAUCGCUGCUGACUGCAACCAUCUCCUGUGGAACUACAAGCUGAACCUGACGACUGACCCCAAGUUUGAGUCUGUGGCUGUGGAGGUGUGCAAGACCACCAUCUCCGACAUAAAAGAAUGUGCGGCGGAGGAGAGAGGAAAGGGCUACCUGGUUUCCUGCCUGGUGGAUCACCGUGGCAACAUCACGGAGUACCAGUGCAACCAGUACAUCACCAAGAUGACCAGCAUCGUGUUCAGCGACUACCGCCUCAUCUGUGGCUUCAUGGACAAUUGUCGCGAGGACAUCAACAGCCUGCACUGUGGCAGCAUAUCCACCGGCGAGAAGGAUGUGCACUCCCAAGGUGAGGUGAUAGCAUGCCUGGAGAAGGGUCUGGUCAGGGAGGCAGAGGAGCAGCCUGGGGCCCAUGCCAUCAGGCCUGACUGUAAGAAGGCCAUCAUGCGUGUGGCCGAACUUUCCUCAGACGACUUCCACCUGGAUAGAUACCUCUACUUUUCCUGCCGGGAGGACCGGGAGCGCUUCUGUGAAAAUACUCCAGCCGGAGAGGGCAGAGUUUACAAGUGUCUCUUCAACCACAAGUUUGAGGAGGCCAUGUCUGAAAAGUGCAGAGAGGCCCUGACCACGCGUCAGAAGCUGAUUACCCAGGACUACAAGGUGAGCUACUCCCUGGCCAAGGCCUGCAAGACAGACCUGAGGAAGUACCACUGCAGCGUGGACACCAACAUGCCCCGCGCCCGCGAGGCACGCCUCUCCUACCUGCUGCUCUGUCUGGAGUCUGCCGUACACAGAGGUCGUGCGGUGAGCGGUGAGUGUCAGGGGGAGAUGUUAGACUACAGGAGGAUGUUGAUGGAGGACUUCUCUCUGAGCCCUGAGAUCGUGCUGCACUGCCGUGGGGAGAUCGAGGCCCACUGCUCCGGCCUCCACCGCAAGGGACGUACCCUGCACUGCCUCAUGAGGGUGGGCCGAGGAGACAUGGGCACCAUCGACAACCUCUGCCAGAAAGCUCUACAAACCCUGAUCCAGGAGGCUGAUCCUGGGGCAGACUACCGUAUUGACCGGGCCCUGAACGAGGCUUGUGAGUCUGUCAUCCAGACCGCCUGCAAACACAUCCGCAACGGAGACCCCAUGAUCCUGUCUUGUCUGAUGGAGCACCUGUACACCGAGAAGAUGGUGGAGGACUGUGAACACCGGCUGCUGGAACUGCAGUACUUCAUAGCACGGGACUGGAAACUGGACCCCAUCCUCUAUAAGAAGUGCCAGGGCGAUGCCUCCCGCCUGUGCCACGCCCACGGCUGGAACGAGACAAGUGAGAUGAUGCCACCUGGUGCCAUCUUCUCCUGUCUGUACCGCCACGCCUACCGCACAGAGGAGCAGGGACGGCGGCUGUCCCGAGACUGUAAAGUGGAGGUGCAGCGUAUCCUCCACCAGAGGGCGCUGGAUGUGAAGCUGGACCCAGAGCUGCAGAGACGCUGUAUGACUGACCUGGGGAAGUGGUGCAGUGAGAAAACUGAGUCUGGACAGGAACUGGAGUGUCUACAGGACCACCUAGAGGAGCUGGUGUCAGAGUGCAGGGAUGUGGUGGGCAACCUGACUGAACUGGCGUCUGAGGACAUUCAGAUUGAGACCCUGCUGAUGAGAGCCUGUGAGCCAGUCAUCCAGUCGCACUGUCACGAGGUGGCAGAUAACCAGAUCGACACGGGGGAUCUGAUGGAGUGUCUGGUGCAAAACAAACACCAGAAGGAGAUGAACGACAAGUGUGCUGUGGGAGUCACACAUUUCCAACUGGUCCAGAUUAAGGACUUCCGUUUCUCCUACAAGUUUAAGAUGGCCUGCAAAGAGGAUGUGCUCAAACUCUGCCCUAACAUCAAGAAGAAGGUGGAUGUAGUGCUCUGUCUAAGCACCACGGUGAGGAACGACACUCUUCAGGACGUCAAGGAGCAGCGCGUGUCUGUCAAGUGUCGUAAGCAGCUGAGGGUGGAGGAGCUGGAGAUGUCUGAGGAUGUUCGUCUGGAGCCUGAGCUCUACGACUCCUGUAAGCAGGACAUCGGGAGGCUGUGCCAGAACGUGGCCUUCGGGAAUGCACAGGUGAUAGAAUGUCUGAAGGAGAACAAGAGGCAGCUGACCCAGCGCUGUCACCACAGGGUGUUCAAGCUGCAGGAGGUAGAGAUGAUGGACCCAGAGCUGGACUUCCAACUCAUGAGGGUCUGCAAGCAGAUGAUUCGGCGGUUCUGUACUGAGGCUGAUGCCAAGAACAUGCUGCAGUGCCUGAAGCAGAACAAAAACAGCGAGCUGAUGGACCCCAAGUGUAAACAGAUGAUCACAAAGAGACAGAUCACACAGAAUACAGACUACAGGUUGAACCCAGUGCUGAGGAAGUCGUGUAAGGCUGACAUCCCUAAAUUCUGCCAAAGCAUCCUGAACAAGGCUACAGGAGACAGUGAGCUGGAGGGACAGGUUGUCUCCUGCCUCAAACUCAAAUAUGCAGACCAGCGUCUGUCUCCAGACUGUGAGGACCAGAUCAGAGUGAUCCUACAGGAGUCAGCCCUGGACUACAGACUGGACCCGCAGCUGCAGAUUCACUGCACUGAUGAGAUCUCUCGGCUGUGUCCAGAGGAGGCUGCGGCCCAGGAGCAGACCGGUCAAGUAGAGGAGUGUCUUAAAGUCAACCUUCUCAAGAUCAAAGUGGAGGGCUGCAAGAAGGAGGUUCUGAACAUUCUGAAGGAGAGUAAAGCAGACAUCUUUGUGGACCCUGUCCUCCACACGGCCUGCGCUCUGGACAUCAAGCACCAGUGUGCUGCCAUUCCACCAGGACGAGGGCGCCAGAUGUCCUGUCUGAUGGAGGCUCUGCAGGACAAGAGGGUGCGUCUGCAGCCAGAGUGUAAGAAGAGACUGCAGGACCGCAUCGACAUGUGGAGCUACGCUGCCAAGGUGGCCCCGGCCGAAGGCUUCUCAGACCUGGCCAUGCAGGUGAUGACCUCACCCUCCAAGACCUACAUCCUGGCUAUGAUUGGCCUGAGCGUGUGCAUUCUCUUCCUGUUUGGCCUGCUGUGUGGCCGCAUGACCAAGCGAUUAAUGCAGGAGCAGAAGGACAGGUAGAGAGAGGGGCCACAGAACCAGGACAGGGCCCUCACUCAACAUAGCCCCAGCUGCCCUGACCUUAGCCUGGCUCUAUGUACAAACCAUCUCCUUUUUAUCCUCCUCUUCUGCCUCCUCCACAUCCCUCCCCGAGACUGGCUUCUAGGGGGAGCCAGCCAUUCGAGCUUCUGUCAUCAUUGCUAUGCUGUCAGAGGGCCACGUAGGGAGCGGGCCUAGAUUACCCAGUCUACCCUAUAGUAGUUGGUUUCACUGGUGUGAGAGUGGACAUGCCCCGACUGUGAGACCGACUCAUAACCCCUCCACCAUCUCCACUCCAGUGUCUGACUGAUGUUCUGAAGUUAUACAGGAUACUUCUAGAAGGACGCUGCCGCCACCUGUUUGUCCUCCAUCGCUCCACUGCUAACCAGCUAACGCUAACAGACCUGUACCGUCGGGCGGCCCAGUUAAGCCUGCCCAAUGGGGCAAAAGCAAAAAUUCUGGAUUCUGCUUUUGGUUUCUCUUGCAGUGGUUUUCUUUUUUUGCUUUAUCUCAUUUAGAGGUAAUAUUUCUUUACAGAUGUUUUCUGUGGGGUAGAAGGGGAGGUAGCUUCACAAUAAACAGCAAGAGUUAUGUGAGAGAGACAGAAAGAAUGUCUCCAUACUUAUGUUCUUCCCGAGAGGCUUUCAAUGAUUUCAGUACUGAUACAUUGCUUUUAGUGUGAGUGGUUGUGAGAAUGAAAGUGUGUGAAAUGGGAGUGUUAACUGUUUUUCUAUUACAUUGUUGUUCUUCUCCUGAGAGGGCGGUGGGGAGGGGGGGGUUGACUGACUUCAGGUUGCCCAUGUUUAUUACAUUCACUGAUUUGCCAUGAGACUGCCAGGUGUGAAUUGUCCUCCACCGACUGAGCCGCAGAGGAGAGGAGUCACACAGCCUACAGUAUAUUAGAUCAGUUGUACACUUAUAAUAACUGAUGAUAAAUAAUAUUGAUUCCUCAAUUUGUCAUUAUACUGACAGACCUGGCAGUGUAUCAUAGAUGGCUCCAGUGCCAAUGCUAACCGAAUGGGUGGUAUGGUAGAGAAACGGUUAGCAUUGACCAGAUGGCUGGACAUCCAGGCGAGUAGUCUCUCACAUUUCUCUCAAGGUACUCAGAGUUAACAAUGGGCAUUUCAAAGUUGGAGAGCUGGGUCUAGGUGGUCUGAUUGGACACAACACUGGUGACAGACGGUGCAGCAAGAUAUGUCUAAUUUUGAACACUAACAUUUCCAUAGCUUCCCAUGUAGCAGAUCUAAGCCAAGGGUAUCUAGCGGUGUUAGGAUGGUGGUAGAAGGGGUCAAGAACAAUGCAAAAAAAAAAUAAAGACACGUUCUUAUAGAGAAGUUUUUGUUUGAAAUUAUACUGGAACCAUUGCACAUUUAUGUUAUUUUAGUUAUAUAUGCGCAGUACCAGUCAAAUGUUUGGAAACAUACUCAUUCAAGGAUUUCUCUUUAUUUUGACUAUUUUCUACGUUGUAAAAUAAUAUAGUGAAGACAUCAACUAUGAAAUAAGUGUAGUAACCAAAAAAAAGUGUUAAACAAAUAAAAUGAUAUAUUUGAGAUUCUUCAAAUAGCUAUCCUUUGCUUUGAUGACAGCGUUGCACACUCUUGGCAUUUUCUCAACCAGCUUCACCUGGAAUGCUUUUCAAACAGUCUUGAAGGAGUUUCCACAUAUGCUGAGCACUUGUUGGGUGCUUUUCUUUCACUCUGGUCCAACUCAUCCCAAACGAUCUCAAUUGGGUUGAGGUCAGGUGAUUAUGGAGACUAGGUCAUCUGAUACAGCACUCCAUCAGUUUCCUUGGUCAAAUAGCCCUUACACGUCCUGGUGGAGUUUGGUAAUUGUCCUGUUGAAAAACAAAUGAUAGUCCCACUAAGCACAAACCAGAAUGGAUGGCGUAUCGCUGCAUAAUGCUGUGGUAGCCAUGCUGGUUAAGUGUGCCUUGAAUUCUAAAUAAAUCACUGACAGUGUCACCAGAGAAGCACCUUCACACUUCCUCCAUGCUUCACGGUGGGAACCGCACCAAAAAUCUCACAUUUGUACAGGCCAAAGGACACAUUUCCACUGGUCUAAUGUCCAUUACUCGUGUUUCUUGGUCCAAGGAAGCCUCUUCUUAUUGGUGUCCUUUAGUAGUUUCUUUGCAGGACUUUGACUACAAAGCACACCUAUUAAUUGAAAUGCAUUCCAGGUGACUACCUCAUGAGGCUGGUUGAGAGAAUGCCAAGUGUGCAAAGCAGUCAAGGCAAAUGGUGGCUACUUUGAAGAAUCUCAAAUAUAAAAUAUAUUUUGAUUUAACACUUUUUCUGGUUACCACAUGAUUCCAUAUGUGUUAUUUCAUGUCUUCACUAUUAUUCUACAAUGUAGAAAAUAGUAAAAAUAAAGACAUCCUUGAAUGAGGUGUGUCCAAACAUUUGACUGGUACUGUAAAUUGUUUGGUCCUAGCCUUAUUUAUUUGUUUACUAAUGGUCAAAGUUUGAGUCCUUUUUUGAUUUGAAUGUUCUCUUGUUGCCUUUUCUCCAGAGCCCCACAGUGGUGUCAAAAUACUCGUAAAACCUAGUGGUCAAACAGGGAAAUGGUUUCAAUGAGUUUUUCACAGGGGAUUUUAGAAACACUUAAGGGCUGUGUUUCAUGUAGGCUUACCCUGGCGUGACGUUUGGAUAACCAUAUGAAUCUCAAUCCGACAAGAUGACUUAUCAAUAUAUUUGGCUCUAUUUACUCUGAUUCGAAAAUGCAAAUUAGCAUAAAAGUAGACAUGCAAAACUACAAAUCCAUGCUGACACCUUCGCUAACAGGUAUUGUGUCAAUUUAAAACUUGCACAAGACAAUUCACAGAAUUAUCCAUUUAAAGCAAAGUAGCCAAUUUUGUUCAUUACUACAUUUAGUUAACAUUGGAUAGUUAAUCCAGAGCUUUUUACCAUUUGAACCAUUUCCCCGUUUGACCACUAGGUUUUAUGGGUAUUAAGACACAUACUGUGGUACUCUAUUGCCUGUAUAGCCAAAGGCUUUCACCUUCGAGUGAAGCCUGGGAGCUGAGGGUGGUGGUGGGGGGGGCUUUGGUGUUGUCACUCCAGGAGCUUCUUUCUUCAGUGCGGGAAUGAAUUCUGUCUGCUGCCAUUUUUGUUUCAGUUAUUACUCAAAAGUACUUAUUCAGAUGGGGCUUAAACUUUAACCAAUCCAGUCAGAGGAAAGCCCUCUCAACGAGAAGAGUUCAAAGGCAUUUUCAUGAUGAUGAUUCAACAAUUGUUUUCGCAAAACAAACUGUCAUGCCAUUUAAAUGGGAUUUUAGUAGUUUUUCUCCUAUUGCUACUAUGUCAUUGCCUUGUUCUUGAAUUGGUGUGAGUCCUUCCUUCCUUCCUUCCUUCCUUGCUUGUAAAAACAGUUGAUAAUUUGACUUGUAAAAUGGACUCUGCUGUCAUGAUCCAGAAGGUAGAUUGGUCAAUGCGUGCCUACUCUGACAAUCCCAGAUAGUGUUCCUUCAUGUAUGUACAUAAAGUGUGUGUAAGAUAGGGAUCAUUCAUGUAUGUACAUAGUGUGUGUGUAUACAUAUACCACAGGCCCCUGGCCCACUCCUAACACCCCUUCAAACUGAGCAAAGGUGUGUAUGUGCACCCCUCAAAGCGGUUAUACCCCAACUUGGGAGAGGGGUAACCUUCUAACAGACGCCUAGAAAAGAACUCAUGGCUUUUUUUUUGUUGCCAGCACUCCUCUCUUGUGCUAUCCAGACUGCAUUAAAUACUGUUGAGUCGUUCUACUGUUGCUUACUGUUAUUUCUGUCUGUCAAAAGCUUUCAUCAAGUCAAAAUGAAAUGAUAACUUUAACAAUGACUAUAACAUGAUUUAAGAUUAUGAUAAAAUGUUUUGUAAAAUGUGUUUUAAAUUUAUGGAGGUCCUUUGCUUUCAUCUCUGAUUAUGCCAUGUACUUGAGAUGUAACAGAAUAACGUAUUUCCCUGGUUUAGAUUUUUGUUCUGUACAGAUGAAGUUGGACAAUUUGUUAAUAAAGACUGCAGGUUUUUA